AUGGCGACCGACUCUCGUCUGGAGGAACUGGAGCAGAUCCAGAAUGAACUCGACAUCGAGAUUAUCCCUGGCACUGAGAUUAUGGCCGACAUUGGAAGCCAUCAUUUUGUCAAGAGCGAAGACAAAUCACACCGUGUGCUCGUGCCUCAACCCUCGAACGAUCCUCACGACCCUCUUAACUGGACCAGGGCAUGGAAACUGUCGGCGCUCGUAGCCGUCUCUACAAUGAGCUUCACACAAGGCUUCGCACCGCUUGCUCUUGGGCCCAUGUUCGGCUACCUGAUGCAAGAUUACGACAGGUCUCUCACGGAUGUCAUUCAGUUCACGGGUGUCACCAUCUUGGUUCUCGGCUUCAGCAACUUCUUCUGGGUUCCGAUAUCGACUUCCUUUGGACGAAGGCCCGUCUUGAUUUUCUCACAAAUCGUCUGCUUGGCAUCCCAUAUUUGGCGAGCCAAGGCAGCUGACUACAAUGGUUUUAUGGGUGCUGCGAUUUUGAGUGGUAUUGGGGCCGGCCCCGGAGAGACACUGCAACCGAGCAUCAUCGCCGAUAUUUACUUCCUCCAUGAUCGAGGCAAGUGGAACACAAUGUACUGGGUCAUAUACACGGGCGCCCUGAUCGUCGCACCUAUUAUAGCAGGAGCCAUGGCCGAUCACAGUGGCUGGCCAUCAUUCUGGUGGCUCAACGCCGCCAUGACGGCCGUUUCGCUUGUGGCGAUUGUCUUUGGCUUUCCCGAGACCAUGUUCAGCCGCGUGGAGGCAUCUGAAGGCCAGCCCGCUGCGGUUGAGACAUCGCUAAAAGCCAUCGAAGUCCAGCACGAAGAGCAGUCUACCAGCGAAAAGAAUACAGCUUCGGAUGAUAAUCAGUCUAACGUGAACGCAGAGAGAGAUCCUUGCCUUGGAAAGGGAACACCCAGCCGACAGCAAUGGAAGCUGUUUCAAUCAACGUCGUCUCCCUUGCGAUCCAUCAUGCUAGAUCUGUGGAUUCCGUGGAAGCUAUUUACGUUCCCUAUCGUUCUCUUUGCAUCCUUUGUGGUUAGCUGGAGCUGCAGCUUCAUCUUGAUUCUCAACCUCACACAGACGCAAGUAUUUGCGGCGCCUCCUUAUAACCUGAGCUCACAGUCGAUUGGAUUUACAAACUUCUCACUCUUCGUCGGAGCCCUGAUUGGCCUCGCGACAGCUGGACCUUUGAGCGACUGGGUCUCUGCUCGCGCAACAGCUCGCAACAACGGAAUUCGUGAGCCAGAAAUGCGUCUCCCCGCCAUGAUUCCAUACGUCUUGAUAAUGGCAUUUGGACACAUUAUCACGGCAAUUGGGUACCAGAACCACUGGCCUUGGCCCGUCAUUGUCGUCCUCGGUUAUUCCUGCGCUGGCAUUCAGGUCGCAGGAUUACCUAGUAUUAGUAGCACCUACGCAGUUGACAGCUACAAGCCUGUAGCUGGAUCGCUCUUCGUUGCUAUCACUGUGAACAAGAACCUUUGGGGUUACGGCAUGGGUCGUUUUAUUACGCCCUGGACUGAAGCAGAUGGAUUCAUCAACGCUUUCAUGGUGAACAUGGCUCUCACUUUUAUCUGGUGUCUAUUUGCUGUCAUGUUUUACUUUUAUGGAAAGACAUUCCGGAGGUGGACUAAGAAUAGCAAUGUGCAUAGGCUGUAG